AUGUCUAAGUACAGUACCUACUUACUACAUAGCAUUACGCCCGUCUGGCCAUGCCUGGUUCCCACGGGAGCGUGCAUCGGGGGAGCACAGUACACCACAGUACAGCACACCACACCAUCACCCGCUGCCGCUGCCGUAUACUACUUACUUGCUUACUUACCCGUCUCGAUACCCGACACUGUUGGUCGGUGGUGCACACGCGCUAUGCGAGUAGCAUCCAAGAGGCGAGGCAGGUGUUGCACAAAGUUGGAACCAAUCAAUGUGGCCACGAGCAGCCACGGUUGCUGCACCGACGGGGCCCCCAUGGCGGCCUGCCCCUUUUCUGCCGUCGAGCCUCUCUUGUGCUUGGACAUGCAGAGGCUCUCCAGGCGGUCGCCAGCCCAGUCCCUCGCCGCCUGGCCCCCCACUAACUACCUACCCUGGGCCCACUUAUAA